GCAAGUUUUUUCCACGAAGGCUGCUGUUAAGUACCACUGUAACGUAUCAGAAGCGCACCGUUCAUUGUUUGCUCGUUACUGUCUUAUAUCCCAAGUCUGUAGGGAGAGUACGGUCUAAUAUCAGAUUGUACCUGAUAUUCCUACCUCGACCUGCGCGGUGUCGCCCUAGAGUGACGUAUGGUAUGGUUUCAGUGUGCCAGGCUUUCUGGCGAUGCUUUUUAACCCGUAGAUUGUAGCUCCUGCGUUAUGUAUACCGGGGAUACAUCUACUAUUCGAAAGUGCUCUGUACCUACUGGACAGUAUUAGAUCUCGGAUACACACUGUUUCGAGGCAGAAAGUGGGCCAUCAACGUAUUUUCUCCGAAAUACUUAUAGCCGCUGCCACAUCCCAGAGGGUGUUAUUAAACACUGUUCACUGUGUCUACUCGCGUCAUAAUGGGUACGAUGAGCGAGGUGGUCACAUCCAGACCUCCCGCAUUUGAAAAGAAAGCAUCCGGCCCACAAGCUCCCAUCUCAGAUAAACAAAAGUCAUGUUCAGACCAACAGCCUAACCAGAAUGCUGAUAAAAAUGACCCUGGUGAGAGCUUACAGCCAGUGGAGAACUUUGGUCCAUAUUUUCGUCUCAUUCCAAUGAAUGGUCAGGUGAAGGAACUACAGACCAUCAUCCGUGAUAAAAAUACAUCCAGAAGUGACUUCAAAUUUUAUGCUGAUAGAUUAAUUCGUUUGGUGGUUGAGGAAGGCCUCAACCAACUACCUUAUUCAGAUCUCACCAUCACCACACCCACAGGCUGCACAUACAAAGGGCUGCAGUUUGUUAAAGGGAAUUGUGGGGUUGCCAUUGUCCGGUCCGGUGAAGCCAUGGAACAGGGGUUGCGUUCGUGUUGUCGUUCCAUUAGAUUAGGCAAGAUUUUAGUGGAGUCAGACCUCGAUACUCACGAGGCUAAAGUUGUUUAUGCAAAGUUCCCCGAGGACAUUUCUCAGCGGAAAGUUCUUCUUAUGUAUCCUAUCAUGAGUUCAGGUAACACAGUAAUUAAGGCAGUUCAUGUUUUACAAGAGCAUGCAGUAGAUGAGGCCAACAUCAUUCUGUUGAAUCUAUUCUCAACGCCUGCUGCUGCUCGCACUAUAACCAGUGCUUUUCCCAAAAUGCAUAUUCUUACCACAGAGGUCCAUUCAGUAGCACCCAACCACUUUGGACAGAAAUAUUUUGGCACAGACUAAGCCAGUUGUACCUUUCACCAGUACUAAUUAUGAGUUUUACUCUUGAAACUGAGUUGAGUAAGUGAUGGCAAUGGGGUCUGAAAACAAUUGUUGAGUCUGUGGAUGGGUUGUUGGAUCAUGUACUCUUGUGAUAGAUUAGGGUACAUUACAUUCGCGAAAAUGUAAAGUGUAAUAUGUUAAAUUUCCAUAUGUAUGGUGAUAUAAAUGUUCAUUUGUACAGCCAUUAAAAUAAUAUAGUACUGUAAGUACAAUGCAUUUUUUAUUUUUAGUAUUUGUAUUUUAUGUAAUGUGAAUAUUACUAAUGUAAAAUCCAGUCCAUCUCAUGUUUUUCAGUCAAUGCAUUCUUUUUAAAUUAUAUUACGCUCUAGGUUGCAUAAUUCUUUUCCCCUUCUUCAUAAGGUUCUGUAAGUACACUAGAGACUGGCUUUGCAAUUGUCAAUUGUGUAUUAUUUUCCUCAUAAAUGCAUAGUUUAACUGUAAUCUCCUUAUAUUUUUAAUGUUUUAACUCCAAACCACCAGAGAUUGUUUAGGAAAAAAAAAAGACUCCUUGAACUAGUAUCUCCUUAUUUUGAUGGACACAGCCUUCAGGUAAACUAAGUUGGCCUCAAGUUCUUAUUUUUAAUAGUAUCUUGCAUCACCAUUCUUUUUUAACAGCUAUUUUUGAUAUUUUGAAAGCUACUUUGCAUUAUUGAAGACAAAGAAUACUUAAGAGAAUGAUUAAACAUUCUCGGUUAUCACCAAAGACCUGUUUUGGUAUUUGUUAUUGUGGUCAUUCCCAUUUGUAGUAGUUCCAAUAUCACUUAAAACAUUAAACAAAUACCGGUAAAUCCUCCUGUGUAACAGUCCAUUUCGUUUUGUUAAUCCAUACAAAAUUUUAUUUCCUAAAAUAUUUUAGCAAUAGUAACUAUAAUCCUUUGCUGUGCUAAAAUAUGUUUGUGAUAAUUUUCCCUAGUCACAGGUUAGUCACUCAACAUGAAAAUAAACCUUGGAUGUAAAGAUCUAGAAAUUCUUUGAUGAUCAAAGUGUCAUUAUGAUUUUAAUGUAAAAUCAUUAUAGUAUAUAUAGUUUACUGUAGGAUAACAAAAAACUUGAGGAAAUAGUUAAGUGGCAGUAGUGACUAUGAUCUGGAUGUCAGUAGUUUUAAGAAUCUGCUUUCCUGUUACUUAAUGAGAUUUGUUAUCAUAAUAUUAUUGUCUGUGCUUGUUAUGAAAAGGUUUAAUUAGGCCUACAAUGAUUUCAAUUAUACUUGCAAAUAGUCUUAUAGUACUAUUACUAAGCAUAGCAUGUACUGUGUAAAUCUACAUUACUUUAUGGUUGCAUUUUCUGCAAAUAUUUGUACUUCCUGACCUUAGCCAAUGUGUCUUGUGAAGUGAGAGUUCACGUAAUGUUUGUUUGAGAUAAGAAUGGGAUGCCAGAUACAGGAAAUGGCUAGUCAUUUGUGAUAGGCUGACUUUUAACUGCCUUAGAAGUACAUUCAUAUAAAUAUAUAUAUAUAUAAAUAUACAUUAUAAAGCAAGUUCAUCCUGCUUACUUGAGCAUUUUUGUCUCUAAGAGUAAGCCAUGUAAUGCUGUUGAAUAAUCUUUAUAGCAGACUUUCAACAAUUUUUUUUAUUUCUCUCUCUCUCUCUCUGUCUCUCUCUCUCUCUGUCUUUCUUUCAUACACAAAAAGCACGACUUUAUCUCCAAAACAUUCCUUCAUGUCUGGAUAUCUUAUUUACAAUGCCCUCUUCCUCCCAUAUCUUCACCUCAAAUUAUUCCAGUAAGACUUUUGAGACAAUCAAGGAGAAGACUCAUUUUUGGCAUCAUACACAAACUUGUGUAGGUUAUUUUUAUUAUAAUUUUUUUGCCAGAACCAUGUAAUUCUCUCUCUCUCUCUCUCUCUCUCUCUCUCUCUCUCUCUCUCUCUCUCUCUCUCUCUCUCUCUCUCUCAGACUUUUUCAAAAUGCAUAUCCCAACAUUUUAAUGUAAUGCACAAUCUUUUUUUAAUUUUUUAGGUGGGCCAUGUUGGGUUUUGGUAAAUUUUAUGACGUGUAGCAGUCAUAAAACCAUUGUAUUGUGUAUGAAUAAAAUAAAGUAUUUAAAA